CGACACGCCAACAUCUUGACCUUCUGUUGAAUCCAAAAUGGGAUCAGCUCGAACAAUAUCAGCUGCUAUCGCACUUGAGAUGACGACGAGAUGAUGCUCAAUCAUAGUGGAUCAAGGACAGUAGAUGAGGUCUAUCCCACCCAGAGGAUACAUAUAUAACCAGGUUCUGAACAACAGUCAACGUCAACGCCACAAACCAUGGAUGAUACUGGCAACCCGGCACUGGUCACACACCAGGCGACCGUUAACAAGCUGUCGAGGCAAAUCGGCCAUUUCUACCAAACACAAACACCUUACCGUGUCUUUCAUGGCAAUACUAAUUCAACCCGGCCGAGUCUGCGUACACUCGACAAUACAGUCGACAUUACCUCGUUGAACAAUGUCAUCUCCGUCGACACAGUGGCUCAGACAUGUCUUGUCGAACCCAACGUACCCAUGGACUUGCUCGUCGCCUCAACGUUGGGUCCCCAUGGCCUGGUAUGUCCGGUGGUGCCCGAGUUCCCUGGCAUCACCGUUGGGGGCGGGUUUGCCGGAACGGCAGGAGAGAGCACUUCGUUCCGCCAUGGCUUCUUCGAUCGUUGUGUCGAGUCGAUUGAGAUCAUCCUUGGCGACGGCGAGGUGCUCCGAGUCAGCCGCGACGACCCACACGGACGUGCAGAUCUCUUCCAGGGCGCCGCGGGAACCUUUGGCACGUUGGGGCUCGUCACGCUGUUUGAAAUCAGACUGGUCCAGGCAAAACCAUACGUCAAGUUGACAUACCUGCCAGUCGCCUCCAUCGUUGACGCCCAAGACGUGUUGCGUGAACAAGCAGAAGACCAGACAGUCGAGUUCCUGGACGGCAUUAUGUUUGGGCCCGACCGAGGCGUUUUAAUGGCGGGAAGAUUUGCUGAUCGCGGGCGACGAGACCAGCCCAACGGCCAUGUCGAUGAUGAAGACGAUGAAAGUGACAACAGUCAUCUCCCUAUUGUCACCUUCUCCAAGGCCUGGGAUCAAUGGUUCUAUCUUCAUGCCGAGGAGAGGAUGGUGAGCAGCCUCAAGGCCAAGGUCAGCGCCGACGCCGGAUCACAGGUUCAGUCCGACAUGAUCCCAUUAACAGACUAUCUGUUCCGGUACGACCGAGGGGCAUUCUGGACAGGAUCACUGGCAUACAAGUACUUUGUAACGCCAUUCAACCGGGUGACGCGAUACCUGCUGGACGGGUUCAUGCACACUCGAGUCAUGUACCACGCGCUGCAUCGAUCUGGACUGAUGCAGCGGUUCAUCAUCCAAGACAUGGCGGUGCCCAACAAGAACAUGGCCGAGUUUUCCUCCUGGUUGGACCAGAACCUGCCUCACAUCUACCCACGCUGGCUGUGUCCGCUCAAGCUAGACGAGGCAGUGAGUCUCAACCCGCACAACGCCGUCCCAGCCCGCGUCCAGGAAGACGUCCUGCUCAACAUUGGCGUCUGGGGAAUGACUCCCUCGGACCAGACCCAGAUCGGGGCUAAUCGCCGUAUCGAGAAGAAACUCAAGGAUGUCGGUGGCAUGAAGUGGUUGUACGCUCAGACCUUCUACACCGAGGACGAGUUCUGGAACAUCUACGACCGUCCUUGGUACGAAUCGCUGCGCCUCAAAUACAAGGCCCAAGCACUGCCCAAUGUCUAUGAAAAGGUCCGGACAAAGGUCGAGCCUGAAGAUCUGAAGAACGGUUCUCCCUUGUUCGGCGUCGAGAAGGGCUUCUGGAGCAUUUGGCCUUUGGCCGGUUUGUACGGUGUGGCCAGUGUGCUCAAGGGUGGCACUGACUACCUGAGAAAGGGCUAA